AUGGCAUCUUGCAGCCACGUUCGCGACUCGGUCAGACAAAUUGACAACACAACAUGGCUUAUCGGCACGAGCCAUGUUCUACGUCUCGAGCAAGGGCCCGGCAACAGUGGGUCGUUGUGGGAGAACAGUAGCGAUGGCUCGUCCUACGAUCUUUCCCGAGCGCCAGAGCCGUUGCCCAAUGCCAGGCCCAUCCCCGACAACAGCCAUGUUCGCCAGAUCCACGAUGCUGGUGACGCGUCGGCCGUGUUCGCAUUUGGCGACGCCCUCAUCCUCAAGAUAAGACUAGCGACUCAUGGCACCCGACAAGAGCCGGAGACACUGGCCUUGCUAGCUGGGAAGACACUCAGCUUUGACAUCCCGAAAGUUCUUUUCUACGCUGAAGAGGCCGGCAAGACGUACUUGCUCGAACCACUUAUACCGGGCAAGAGACUCGACGACAUAUGGUGGGACAUGACGGAGGAUCAAAAGGAGGGCGUGGUGACUCGAAUCUCUCAGGUCUGCUCUGAGCUUAGAGCUUUCCAAUCCGACAGUCUCACUGUACUCGAUGACGGCUGGCUGGAACCGUUUCAGGAAAAGCGCAGUUCCGAAGUACAAGCCCUCCAAAAGCAUUGUGAGAGCUUGGGGAUGGACUGCUCUGUGUUUUUCCUGUCUCACAAUGACCUCGGACCUACCAAUAUCCUCGUGACCGAGACCGAGACCGAGAUCGCCAUCCUGGACUGGGAGCUGGCUGGAUUCAGCCCUUUGGAGUGGGUACGAACCAAGUUCGCCGUCUGUGGGGCACUGGACAUGGAGAAUCAGCAAAAGGCAAAAAACGUGAGUCAUGGUCCUGGGUAUAGGGUGCGGAUUGAGCAGAGGCUGGGAGACCUUGGAUUUCCCGAAGCCACCGAGGCGUACAAGGCCAUGAGGACGGAACGGUAUGAGGAAUGGAAGAAACCGCGGCCGUGGCUUCAGUAG